AUGAUCGGGGACACCGCGCGCACGGAUGCGUACAGAGACGCGCUCGAAAAGAACCCGACGCUCAUCCAAGGGAAACGUGUUCUCGAUAUUGGGUGUGGGACGGGGAUUUUAAGCAUGUUUGCCGCCAGAGGGGGCGCGAGCGCCGUCGUCGGAGUCGACGGCGCCAAGCACAUCGCCGAAGUCGCCAAGGCAAACGUGAAGCACAAUGGAUUUAGCGAUCGCAUUCAAAUAGUUUACGGGAAAUUGGAAGAUAUAGAAGGUGAUAUUCCAGGUGCACCGUUUGAUGUGUUGGUUUCCGAAUGGAUGGGCUACGGUUUGCUUUUCGAGUCAAUGCUCGACACCGUCCUCGUGGCGAGGAAUCGCUUUUUAAAGCCCGGGGGCGCGGUGUUGCCCGACAUAGCCACGAUUCAUAUCGCUGGUUUCGAUCGCAAGGCUACUGACUUCCCGUUUUGGGAGGACGUGUACGGGUUCGAGAUGCCAGAAAUCAAGAAGCAGCUGUUUCAGGGCGCGAUGAAGACGGCGGUGGUGACGCACGUAGACGGCGCGCGCUUGACGACGUCCGGUUCGCAAGUGUGCGAGCUCGACCUCGCCACGUGUUCCAUCGCCGACACAGAGUUCACCACGGAAUUUUCGUUGUCGGCGAAAGACGGUCGUAUAGGGGAAGAAACUCACGGCAUCGUGUUGUGGUUUGACACUGAGUUUUCAAAGAGAUUUUGCGCCGACCUCGCCGUGAUGUUGUCGACGAGCCCGGAGGCGAAAAAGACGCACUGGGUGCAAACGAUGCUUCACUUCCGCGAACCGAUCACGUUG